AUGCCGCCCGCCCCUGCGAAACCGGCGCUGAAGAAGCCGGCACAGACCGGAAAGAAGCGGAAAGCCGACGGCAAGGAUGCUCCUCCAUCCAAGGUGACCAAGUUCAGCAAUCAGCCCAUGAAGAAAUCGACGCCGGCAGCUAGGCCCGCCAGGGCCGCUGCGGCAACCCCGCAGACCGGCCCCGACGGCGCAUCGAGGCAGCCCGGCUUCCUCUGCUGGCGUGGCGCGGGCGAGACCGGCAAGUCGGGCAAGGUCGUGCAGGACUGGGGCCCGCUCAUCCGCAUGAUGCAUGGGUUCGGCGACGCGCGGGAGCCCCGGCGCGACACCGCGGAGCUCCUCGAGGCGAUCGCGGGCGACGUGCUGUGCGCGCUGUGCCACGCCGCGAAGCGCAGCGCCGGCCGCAGCGCCCCGCAGCUGCAGGAUUUCCUGUUUGCGCUGCGCGCGCACCCGGAGCUGUACCAGGAGGCGGUUGACCUGCUCGUGUCGACGCGGGAGGUGAGCAAGGCCAAGUCGCACACGGAGGUGAACGCGGACACGGUGAUCGAUACGCGGAACGAGGAGCAGAUGUUUGCGCUGGGCGUGGACCAGGAACUGUCGGCAGCGGCGGCGCGGAAGAAGCCCGCUGGGAAGAGGGCGACGAGCUCGAAGAAGUGA